AUGACAGUGGCUGUUGCCCCCUCAGCGGAUAACUCCAGCGUCAGGCGAUCCUCUCGUGUCUCCAAAAAAAGAGCUCACUAUGAAGAAGUAUCAGGAUCAGAAGAUGAGAAUCAAAUCGAGGAAGAGGCAUAUGAGGAACGGCCUAAAAAGAAUAAAAAGCCUCACAGAAAUAGCAAGUCUAAUAAACGUCGUAGCAUCAACGGUAGCAAGAAAACUUUGGAACAAUUAGAAGCAGAGUUGCCGGAAAACUAUCUCUAUAAAUCCCUUUCCUUUGAAGACCUUGACGUGAAAGACUUAGCAUUGGAAUGGAUAGAAGCUUACGAGGAAGAAAAUGGUUCUCACGAAUCACUCACGAUUUUAAUUAAUCUCAUAUUAAGGAGCUGUGGUUCUGUUCAUCUUUUUCAACCUCAUGAUUUAGCAAAUUUAGAAAGUGCCAUACAAACUGUUGGGGAACUAACGAUCGCUUUCAGUGACCAGCAGAGUCACAAGUAUCCUUUUAAGGCACUAACAUCAUUUCGAAGGAACGUUUUAGAGUUCUUCGAGGAGCUCAUUCAAGUUUCACAUGAUAGAGGUUUGUUAUAUAAGGCUGCUGAUCAUAAUAAUAAGAAUGCGGCUGGUGAUGAAGCUGACGAUUCCUUCUUGUCCUCCCAAAUGAUGUCUGAGGUUUUAACUUGGAUAUCCUCUUUAAGUUCGUGUCCAAUCAGGCCAUUGAGAUACGUCUCUACUGUGAUCUUAUUAACGAUUCAAAAUCGUUUGUGUGUUAUUAUAAAUUCUGUUAUUACAAGCCUUGACAAAGCUCAGCGUCAAUUAUCAAAAAUUAAGAGAAUCGCUAGUAACAAGUUAAAAAUAGAAAAUUUGAAUAAAACGACUCUAAUGUACCAUAAUCAAAAGGAUACUAUUACUGAGUACUUUGGAGAAAUUGGUAAUGUUACGUUAAUGCAUCGGUACCGUGAUAUUGAUUCAUCGAUUAGACAAGAAUGUGUCAAGAAUCUAAGCGUUGCCAUGAUUACAUAUCCCGAUUUUUUCUUUCAAGCGACAUUCUUGCGUUAUUUUGGAUGGUUGUUAUCUGACCCGUCUGUUCAAGUUAGAUCAGAAGUUACUAAAGUCUUAUCCAAACUUUAUAAAAAUGCAAAUAACAAUAAUAGCACUUUAGGGAUGGGAUUCAGGCAAUUCACUGAAAGAUAUAAAAAACAAAUUAUCAAGAUGAGCUUGAUGGACAUCGAUGUCAGUGUCAGAUUGUCUGCGAUUAGCAUAUGUUGCGAAUUAUUGAGAAUUGGAUUCCUCGAAGAGAACGACAGUCUAGAAAUCAUAUCUAAUUUUUUUCUUCUCUUUGAGAACAGAACAAAUUUAUCCAAUACCAAUGUAGAGAAAUUAAAGCUGGAGCUUUCAAAAUUUGUUUGCAUUGCGAAUCUCGAGAACACUCGAGAUGAAUUGGAGAAACACUCUUUAUUUUUGGAGACUUACGAAUCCGAUCUGUUUGGUGAUAAUGAUGUAUGCCUCGACCUCAAAGAAUGCUUGAGAAUUAAAAAUUUGAUACGUUUAUUGCAGUCCUCACUUAGCUUUUUUUGUAAUGGGCGUCCAUCAGCAAAACUAAAAUACCCAAUUAGUGUUAUAUUUGCAUCUUUAUAUCAAACCCCAACCUAUUCGGGAAGUUGGGAAACCUUGAUCCGUUUUUAUUUGAUAGAUAUGUCUUCUGUUACAUUUCGAAAGAAAAAUGAAAAAUCAAAUGAUACAAAUGCAGAGGUAAUUGCUUUUAAAGCCCUUUUGGAUUUUUCUACUGAUGAAGAAAAGACUCAUCUCUUGGAACUAAUCUAUGGAGCAUUGUCAUCCAUAUAUUCAAGGACCUCAAAUAAACCCAAAGAUUUGGAGGACUUAUCAUCUAUCCUGGUUAAGCUUGUGGAUUAUCUACCGUCUUUGUUAUCUUCGCUGGUGACUUCAAAAAUACAAUUUUCGGUGUUUGUGCAAAUAUUCAAUAGUGUGAUUGAAUCUAAUGAUGAAAAGAAAAACAUAUACCCAGUUUUCAUGAACAUGGACCGCCAAAACUCUUAUAACGAUCUAGUGCAUUCUUUACUACUUUAUUUCAGGGAUUAUGAUGUGACGGAUAUAAAUUCAGACCCAUUUUUGGAAGGCUUUGAGAGAUUCUUGGAAAGAUUGCUAACCCAUUAUAAUAGCGUCAGCAUCAAUUCUACAUAUUUGAAUAUUAUUGAUUCAGAGAUCCGCUUGGAUGUACAAAAUUUAAUUCAAGAUUUAGUUGAGCAAGUUCGUGGUUUAUUGAUCGGCAAUGAACACUCUGAAACACAGCCAUUAGGACAAGAAGACUUACUAAAAGUAGUAAUCUCAAUUUCAAAGCCCAUUAUGAAGCUACGAAUGAUAGGGGAUCACUGUAAUAUCAAUCAAUACUUAGAAGGAUCGAAUCCUUCAUUUUCCUUAUGUGAGCAAAUUAUAGUCAAAUCGUUUAACGAGCUCGAUAUUCAGUUUCUUGUUGAGAAUUCUCCCAAUCAAUUCUUGAAUUUAGUUGACGAUGGCAUUUUAUCGUUCAAGGCGAUAUUGGAUUUAAUUCUUGUAUCUAUUUCAUGGAAGUUGGAACAACUCAUUUAUGUUCCUAAUACUGAAGGUAAUGAUCAGGAAAGUCGAUAUGAUAUUUCACUUACCUUUUCUGAUGCGGAUAUGAUCAUUGAACAACUUUGGAGAUUGAUAAGUUCCAUAAACGAUGUCGUAAAUGGAAUCAAUGAAAAUUUCGGUACUUCUGCAACUAUUUCCUGCAACGUUGGCAUUUUAAUGAAAAAAUGUAACAACAUGCGAACAUUAUUUGCUGCAAAAUUUAUCGAUAUAAUUACAUGUCUUAAGAUAUUCUAUACUAAAUUCAAUGGAAACAACCAAUUUAAAAAUUUUGACAACUUUUUUGCGAGCAGCAGUGAAAUAGGAAAUUUGGUUGUCCACAUGUUACCAAGCAGCGUUCAGGAAGAGCUACUAAACAUAUUUUUAUUGAAGGAGGCUAAGUUGGCUAAAUUUUUAGACGUCGAACUAGAAAAAGGAAACGAUGAAAAUGUCAACUUAGAAGAUCUCGCUGAGACUGAGAAUAUUGAAGAGGAGCCUCAAAAAAGCUUUUUUGAUUCAGAUGAUGAAGGAAUGAGUGAUGAAGAUGAGGAAGAGAAACUAGCUAGGCAAAAGGCAAAAGAAGAUGAGGCAAGGAGCAAAAAGUCUGAAGGGAUUUGGAAAGCUGAAAAAGAUCUCUGUGUUUAUUCCCUCAAGUUUUUUGGUCUUGUCGAUCUUUCGAUGGUGCGCACCGAGGUCUACGAUAGGAUCAAAUUGAAUAGUGAUAAGCUUGGGAUCCUAUACCAAAAAAUUGUAACCCAAAACGAAGAACAACUUAAGAGUCAGGAGUCUCACCCUGAAAGCGCUUCUCGAUGA